AUGUACGAUUGGCUGGAGCCUGAGUCGAAGAAUGCCGUCACGAAGGAUUCUUUGAAGGUAUUGGAGGGGUUAAACAGGCGAAUUGAAGUGCACAUUAGUGUAGCUGAUGUGCGCUCAACCGAUGAGAUUUCGAGGUUGUGCAAGGUGGAGGCCAAUGUUCAUAUUGAAGACGGGCACGAAGGCGAAAUCGAUCUGCCAAUUCCGGUUGGGAAGGGAAUUGGAUACCGUCUACCAAUUAGCGGGAACUAUCAUCGUGGUGGACCUAGAGCGUUGAAAUAUGGUGUAAAACCAAAUAUCGACGCCUCAGAUACGGACGACAUCUCAAUGACAUAUGGGCAAAACCUUCAUCCAGUCGAUCCAUUCCUCAUCGCUACUGAUCAAAACCUAUUCCGUUCAAAACGACAUGCUGAUUUCUCGAAGGCUAAUGAGGUUUUCCAUGAUAUUCACGAUGACAGAUCACUCUUGGAUCGCAUUGAAGAGCAAACGAAGAAUGACAAGCUCACCACUGACACCAAUGCAGAGCAAGACGAAGAGGAGGAAUAUGUUGAAAUGAAUGAGAAGAACAGACGUAGCAGCGUCUACGACUUUCUCUACAAACGUUUGAAGCAGGAUGCAAACAGCGAAUCAAAGAGGAAGCGUCUUACGCCAAACGUCUACAUGAUUCCAGGUGUGACGAUGCCUUGUCUCCUUCCACUACCUUUUGCAUAA